AUGGAUCAUGAAAUUAUGCACGCUAGCUCUAAGAGCUCUCGCGUCGAGGCUGGUGGCAUGCCUCCCUUAACGCAAGUUCCAACUUCAGUAACGCUGUCGGCCGAGCAAUUUGAAAAGCUCUAUUUGAGUCCUAUGAUGCAUCGCCAACCGACACUUGCCAAAAACCUGGGCAACCCCACUCCAUUGGGAAUUGGAGCUUUUGUCCUCACAGCUACACCACUCUCAUGCUGUCUCAUGGGAUGGAGGGGUGCUGGUGGUGGUGGAGCAGCCUUUACGGGAGUUUUGAUUCUACUGGGCGGGCUCUUGUUGGUUCUUUCAAGUAUCCUUGAGUUCGUUCUCGGGAACACAUUUUCUUCGGUUGUUUUUGGCCACUUGGGUGGCUUUUGUCUGGCCUUCGGCGCGAGUAUGACUCCAGCCUUCAAUUCUGCCGCCCCCUAUUCGCCCAAUGGAACCGAUACUCUAGCAGGUCUUCACAGCCCUGGCUUUGUGAAUACAUUUGCCGCUUAUUGGAAGUUGGGGCUAGAGGAUGCUGUGACAGGUAACCGGCUGACUGUGGGAGCCGGGGCCGCUCUAUUCGUGGCAACCAUGCUAGGGUUUUACCUGUUAACCGCUCAGUUACUUGAUUCUGUUGGAUUUCCUCUGUCCUUGCCUAUUGGCGACUUGAGUGGAGUUUGGAACCGCCGUAACCUUAACGGACAUCAAUUUUCCGAUCCGGAGCUGGCUUCAAGUUCCGAAAUCAAUGGCAAGCUUUAA